UGCAUCUUUCAAAGAAAUCUUUGCGAGUAGAAUCAUGUCUGGAAGAGGCAAGGGCGGAAAGGGUCUGGGCAAAGGAGGCGCCAAGCGCCACAGGAAGGUGCUGCGGGAUAACAUCCAGGGCAUCACCAAGCCCGCCAUCCGCCGCCUGGCACGCAGAGGGGGAGUCAAGCGCAUCUCCGGCCUCAUCUACGAGGAGACUCGCGGGGUCUUGAAAGUGUUCCUGGAGAACGUUAUCCGGGACGCCGUCACCUACACCGAGCACGCCAAGAGGAAGACCGUCACCGCUAUGGAUGUGGUGUAUGCUCUGAAGCGCCAGGGACGCACUCUGUACGGAUUCGGGGGUUAAAGCCUCGCUUCUGUCUCUUUAUCAAAACGGCCCUUUUAAGGGCCACC